AUGGCCGCCACGGCGAUGGCUGCGGCCGUGGCAGGCAUCGGCUCUGUCCACGAUCCCCCUGUGAACAGAGCGGAGAGGGCAGUGGGAGCAGGCGCGACCACAGCACGCGACACCCCCUACACCGAAGCACAUGGGCGUCCAGUGACCCCCGGCCCACGCCGCAGGCCGCGGACACCCCCUGAUUUCCACGCGGCGACCGCGUUCCCGCCCGUGCCGUGGCCGUGGCCGUGCCGCAUCCACGCCGCCUCGCCACCGACAUCCUCUUCCCCGCGGCCGCUGCUCCCGGCGUUACCCAGCUGUCAAUCCCCCACCGACGACGAAAAGAAAAUCCCCUCGCCGUCUCACUGCCACACGGGCCCCGCUCCCUGGCCCAACCUGUCAGUCCCUCGUGUCGCCAAAGCUAAACACACACCAGGAUCAUUAGAUUCGAAACAGAUCUCAAGAUCACCUCCCCCGUUUGCCAUCUUUAGUACUUUCAGCCCCACCUCGCCUCCCUCCAUUAAAGCCCGCGCCCUCCUCCUCCGCUCCAUUCCCCUCGCCACCGCCCAGAUCCAGACCAUGACGGUGCCGCCGUCGCCGGAGCCGUUCCGCGUCUUCGUCGGGUACGACCCGAAGGAGCACGAGGCGUACGAGGUGUGCCGCCGCAGCCUGAUCCGCCACGCCACCGUGCCGCUCGACGUGCGCCCCAUCCGGCAGCCGGACCUGCGCGCGUCGGGCCUCUACUGGCGCACGCGGGGCCACAUGGAGAGCACCGAGUUCUCCUUCACCCGCUUCCUCACCCCCUUCCUCGCCGGCUACCGCGGCUGGGCGCUCUUCAUCGACUGCGACUUCCUCUACCUCGCCGACGUCGCCGAGCUCAUCGCCUCCGCCGUGCCCUCCGACGCCGCCGCCGCAAAGCGCCUCGCCGUCGUCUGCGUCAAGCACGAGUACACGCCCCUCGAGGCCACCAAGAUGGACGGCGUCAUGCAGACCGUGUACCCGCGCAAGAACUGGUCCUCCAUGGUGCUCUACAACUGCGCCCACCCCAAGAACGUCGCCGCGCUCACCCCGGAUGCUGUCAGCACCAAGACCGGCGCCUUCCUCCACCGAUUCUCCUGGCUCGACGACGACGAGAUCGGGGAGGUGCCCUUCGUCUGGAACUUCCUCGUCGGCCACAACAAGGUCGACCCUGACGACCCGACCACGCAGCCGAAGGCCCUGCACUACACCUGCGGGGGACCCUGGUUCGACAGGUACAGGGACUGCGAGUUCGCCGACCUCUGGAUCAAGGAGGCAGAGGAGCUCAGGGCGGAGAAGGAGAAGCGCAGGGCCGAGAAGGAGAGGCUCGAGCUUGAGGACGACGAGGACGACGAGGGGAAUUGAUGGGUGAUGGGGCCGGCCCACAAGUUUACUGCAUUGCAUUGCAUUGGUUCUUUUGCGCCGUGGGAAUUCUUUCGAUUCAAUCUGUUUGUUAUGCUGGUUUCAUGGUAUAGGUGGUAGGGGAGGCCAUGGGUAGAUAGCUCGAGUAUAUUGGUAGUAUGCUCUUGUGUAGUAGUCGCAAUCGAUCUAUGAAUGAACCAGUCCUCAUUGCAAGA